AUGAAAAAUUUUGCAAAAAAUUUCAGUGGAUUAGAAGAGCAAACAGGUAUUGUAACCGGAACCGGUAGCAUACCAGUAUUACAUAUUCAGAUUCGUGAUGGGCAUGGUAUUAUUGGUAAUACUGUUACACAUGCUAGAGUGGGACAGCCGUUAACACUUGAUAUUGUUCUUGAAAAUACAGAAAUUUAUGAUUUCUAUGCACAUUCAUGUAUAGCUCACGAUGGUAGUAGUAAUAUUGAUGCAAUGGUGCAAAUUAUUGAUGUAAAUGGAUGUGGAAUAGCAUUACCGCGAGCAAUUGAACUACCAGUUUAUAUGACAUCUCCCAGUAAUAGUAAUUCGAAACAUGUUUACAUUUACAUAUAUGGUUUCCAAUUUACAUCAUCACAAUUUGUAUAUUUUGAAUGUCAAGCAAAACCAUGUAUACGUUCAUGUAACCGACAGCAAUGUGAAACAAACAAAACAAUGAUAAUCGAAACAAUAACAACUACAACAACAACAACAACAAUAACAGCAGCAACAACAGCGACAACAACAACAACAAUAGUAAAUAAAGCAAAAUUGAUAAAACGCUUUCGUCGUGAAACACAAGUAAAAGUAGUGAAAUUACUGACAAUUUUGGAGAUGAGACCACCUAAACGAAUAUAUGCUGAUGAAUUUCAUUCAAAUUCCAAUACAAAAUUAUCAGAAUCUACUUGCCUAGAAUCUACUUGUCCACCAUUGUUUUUUCUCAUUGUACUAUUCACUGCGCUAGGUUUAAUGCCAACAAUAACAUUAUUUGUAUGUUAUGAAAUUAUUGUAUUUCGACGACGACAAACCCUUAACGUUCAACGAACACCUUCAUUUUCUGGAAUUCAUACCGAAUCAAUCUACAGCAACUCCAGUGAUAAUUGA